AUGCAGAGGGCAGCCUUCAUUGGACCAGAUGCUCUGCAAGCUCAAGACGGAGAAGAGCCACACUAUGCCGGCCAGAUCAUCCACGGCAGCAGUGUGAGCCAGCAGAUAUGUGAGCUCCAGCAAGCCUAUAAUCUGCCGUCGAGGGCGGUCCAGAUGGCUUUGUUCGAAAACUUCUUUACUUACUGCUAUCCCUGGGAUCCCACCAUUGAACGAUCUCAAAUCAUCGGUGUGCCUACGGAGGGGGUGUCUCGCCUGCUGCUACAAGCAAUUUUCUUGGGAGGCAGCAGGGUCUCCUCCGCUCCUCUAUCAGACGUAACACCCCAUGACUUCUAUCUUCGCGCCAAAACCCUCUUCUGGACGAAUCAGGAGAGCAAUCCACUGGUGAAGAUUAUUGCUGUAUCGCUGUUGCAUUGGUGGAAUCCCCACGGACCGGAACUGGUCUCGUCAGAUACGUCAACGUUUUGGAACAGUAUUGCCGUCAAUCUUGCCGUCCAAAUGGGCCUCAAUAGUGCAAAACGCCGGGUUCCGGAUGAAGCGCUUCGCCGCAAACUGUGGUGGUCCAUCGUAGCACGAGACUGCUUGAUCAGCGCAGCUCAUGGCAGGGCGCAAGCCGUUGACCUGAGCCAUUGCGAUGUACCUCGCCCUACCAUACGUGACUUCCCACAUUCAAGCACCACCGGUCCUGUCUUCAUUGCCUAUGUGGAUCUUGCAGCGAUCACGGGUCGUUUCGUCAAGCACAGUAUUAGGAAGCUCGACACUGCUGAUACUAGUCAGCAUCUCCGGCAGUGGGUGGAAGCUUUACCACCCUCACUCCGCUUGUCUUCUUUAGAAAUCACUCAACAGCACGGGUCCAUCAACAGCUUCAAUGUACGGCAAUUGAAUGUCAUCUACUACACUGCCGUUGCAAUGGUCUUCCGUGCUCGGACUUCUGAUGGACCAUUCCCUACUGCUGCUGUUCUUGCUGGAUCGGCUAUCGCCUCGCUUUUCGAAGAGUUGCUCGCUCGCGACCAGAUACGUUUCCUCAAUCCGGUGUACACCUUUUAUUUGCUUGUUGCUUCCAUCGCCCUGCUGUCUUGCUAUCGAUAUGAGAGUAUGUGGCAGACAGCUCAAGAAGAUCUCAAAAUCAUCUCGCUUGCUCAAGAAGAGAUGAAGAAGAAGUGGCCGUCAGCCAUCGGCAGCAUUCGCAGCUACCAAAAGAUGUACAGUACUGCGACGAAAGUCCAGACCAGAGAACAGCAUCUGCCAGAACAGGUACUCGACAAGACGCAAGCCGCCCUUCUCGGAGACAUACAAGCUUCGCCUUGUCGGAUGUGGAAUAUCAUUCGCCCUAUCCUGGAGUCAGAGACCAAAAUCUCAGCUGGCAAUGUUCCGAUCAACGAGACUCAACCGACGGCCAGGUCUGCCGUGUAUCCUACUCUCGCGGGCGGUCAACAGGACCAUUCCUUGAGCAGUGGUGCGCAGAUCGAUGAGCCUAUGGGCGGACCUGACUGGAACACUUUUCUAUCAGAUGCGCCGCUAGACGAAUGGCAGAUUGAUGAGGACCUGUUUGGUGGACAUCUAUUCUGGGACGAACUGCCUUCGGGCUGA